UUGUUGCAGAACUUGAUGAGUUCAGACAAUAACGUUAGAAUCAGAUCGGAGCUCACAUUUAAACAUAUGAUGGAAUCGAACCCGGAUGCUUUCCUUUUCUCUCUUAUCCAAAUUGCGCUAAAUGACUCUUUGGAAUUGGCCGUGAGACAAGCUUCCUUACUUCAUUUGAAAAGAGCUGUGCCGUUGUACUGGUCUCCGGCUUUUGAUAAUUUCAGAGGCCCAAACACAAUCAACCAAGAAGUGAAGCAAACACUACGAGAAUCGUUGCUGAAAUUGAUUGGAGAUCCAGACUCUAAGAUAAGGAGCAGUUCGGGUUAUGCGAUUGUGCAGAUAGCAGCAGUUGAUUAUCCCGAUGAAUGGCCAACUUUAAUGGACCGUUUAUACACCUCCACUACGAAUCCACAAUAUUCGGUAUAUGAGAUAAUCGGCUCUUUGUACGUCAUGCAAGAGAUCUUUGACGAUGUCGUCACUGAUGAACAGUUCUUUGAGCAGGGGAUUGCUGUUCAAGUGCUGAAAACUUGUGAAAUGCUACUCGAAGGUGUCAACUACAAUCUGGAAAUUAAGGUGGAAACGUUGCGUUUACUACAGGUUGUUUGCAACUCUUUGGUCGAUGUGGAUCUCGAAAUUCCAUCCAGAGAAAGCUUCUGCCAUGCAGUGGUUCCUCAAAUCUACCAACUUCUUUUGAAUAUAUCGAGAACCGUUUCAGAGAGCGGCCAGUAUGUCAACCAACUUAUGGCAUGGGAUUUCAAACACCAACUCUAUACUGUCCUCAAUUUUCUCGUUAAUGCCUAUGCAGAGCUGUUGGAUAGAUUUAUUAGCGAUUCACUCGAUUUGGCGCUACUUGACUUAUCCCUCGAAAGUAAAGUAUACACCCAACUGCUAACAGUCGAGCCAAUGCAAUCUAUUUUUGAAUCAAUUUUUGUAGAACUUGUCCAAGCAUUGAUUGAAAUCCAUGGGCUAGGCAGCAUAGAAAAAAUCUCCAAAUUAUGUGAUUUGCUUAUACCACUAUCUACCCUACCAUUUUCAAAAAUAGACGAAUACAACGCUGACUUUAAUCAAUUUGUCACAGAUGAGUCUGGUUUAGACGGUCAAAUUACAGUGAGAGACUCUAUUAGAGAAUUGCUCAGUGAUAUGAAUGCAAAAGAUAAUUCAAUUUUCAUACAUAUACUUGUUCAAAAGUUUGGUCACAUUCAAGAUUUUAGCAUGGACCAGCUAGGAGUAGAGGCUGUUAUUUUCCUGCUUGCAUGCUGUUUUGACAACGACGAUACUAUUGUUUCUCAACCACCAUUUGAUGUGAACCAUUUCCUUAACAAUGUGGUUGAGCUAGCCACAAAUGAACGAUUAAUAAAUGAAGAAUUUCAAUUCUUAGUGGCACGACUAAUUCUCAUGAUACCGAAGUUCAUUUUCAAGUAUGCCUCAAUUUGUAAAGCUUUGGGUAUUCCUUCAUUCGAAAAGAUUUCCUCCAUAAUAACAGAAUUGGGAGGAGCAGACGAUUAUCUGAUCAUAAAGUCUGCAAUAUUGGUUUCACUUCAGUAUUACAACUAUUUUAUUAGGGCCAAAGAAUUUAGUACAGACAUACAGCAUAAGUUGCUUGAAUUGGUUGACCAAUUGAAAGAAGAUUCUGAGGAGGAUACCAAUAUGAUGCUUUUGGAAGUAAUGACUAUCAUUAUUUGUAUCGAUAACAAGUCGUUGUCGCAAAAUGCAGACUCAAUUCAUUUGAUACUCAGUAUUGGCUUUAAAAACGAUUCCAAUUUUGCUUUGAAUACCUCGUUGUUUGAGUGCAUUGAGGAUUUGAUUAGUGAUAUACCAAGAGAAACGUAUUGGAACUUGGUAUCAUCUGUCUUUCCCUCACUUCUUGAAAAGAUCUCGGAGUUCGAUGGUGAAUAUAAUUCACAGAUUGACUUGUCACUACAGGUUAUCAGUGUCUUCAUUAAAGGACAAACCGGUCAGGAGUUUUCACCGCAAGUAUUUCAGUCAACAUUUGCAGUAGUGACAAAAUUCAUACUUGCUUGCGAUGAGGAUGCUCUUUUACAAUCAGGUUCUGAAUGCUUGAUUGAACUUGUUAAAAACUCUGUCUCGUUAUGCUCGGCAUAUGUUGACAAUGAGACGCAUGAAACAGGUAUUGAAAUCCUCCUGAAGAGCGUAUCCAAGCUACUUUCCCCAUCCAUGUCUGAUAGAGCCAUUGCUAAACUAGGAGACUUGGUGACAGUCUUGUUGAAUCAGUUUAGUGAUUCCAUUGACGAGUACUUGGAGGACAUCCUUAAAGCCUUAACAGUAAGGCUAGUGAAGGCCAAAGAAGUUCCAACGAUCGAGAACAUGAUUCUGAUUUUCAACAUGUUAACUAUUUCACAACCCCAAGCAACGAUCAACUUUUUGAACAGUUUCACGGUUGGGGACGAACCAGCGCUAUCAAAAAUCUUACCUAUCUGGUUUCAAGCUUACGAGAUUAUGCGUGGUUAUAACUCGAUAUUAUCUAACGUUCGUGCUUUCAUGGAGAUUUUCAAGUUGAAUUAUCCAGCUGUUAAGCACCUCAUUGUCGAUGGCGAUGCACUACAGCUACAAGUUCCCGAAGGCAUUAUAAUAACAAGAUCUAUGGCGAAAAAGGUGCCAGUAAAAUACGAGAAAAUUCCAGCAGAUGCUAAGAUUAUCAAACUUCUUCUUGAUGAGCUAAAAAAUGAAAUAACUUCAGGCAAAAACAUAGAAAUCUCUUUAAAACAAGGACAUGGUCAUGAUAACUAUCACGAAAGUGAAACCGGUGACGACCACGAUCCUCAUCACAAUCAUUUUGAAGAUGCAGAGAAAGAAGAUGACUGGGAAGACAUGGAAGGGCGGGGAGAGGCUACUUUUGAUCAGCUGAAGUCCUAUGUUGACGAUGAUGGCACUACCAAGAGAGGAAGCGAUGCGACAGACAACGAUAUGCGACAACUCUUGAUAGAAUUUUUCAAAGAGUGCACAUCCAAGAACAUUGCCGAUUUUGAAAGCAUUUAUAAUAGCUGUUUGUCAGAAACACAGAAGAACUUUUUGUCGGAAAGUAUU